UUCUUUCUUUUUCUUUUUUUCUUUUUUCUUUUUUAUGCGAGCUAAUAUUCAGGCCAGGGCUGCAAUUUCGGAAUCUGCCCUUGUAUAUGGCGGACGAAAUUUUCCACAGGAGGAACGGCAACAACAAACCCCUCUGUUUAAGGCACGAAGAGCCUUUAGGUCCAUUAAAAAAAAACCUCGACAUAUUUAUAAUUCAACUCGCCAUUAGGCUUUACUAAAGAUGUAACAUAGAGGCUCGUGGUGGAGGGGGGGAAACCGCUGUGGUGAAUUUUUUUCUUCCCCUUUUAUCAUUGGAAAAUUCUCAUAACUAAUUCACAAUUUUUUUUUUUUUGAGGAAGCAGUUUUGUGCAGUCACCUCUAGUCGGGGAGGAGGAAGAAUUUCUGCAGCAGGAGUCUGUUUCGCAUGAGCUGCAUCGUAUUUGGAGAAACGCAGGCUCAGAGGAGGUGGAGUCAUGAGUGCACAGGAGGCACCCAAGCCUGGGAAGGAACAGGCAGACAGUGGGAAUGGGAAUGCAGCCACAGAUGCCUCAACAACCAAGAGUAGUAGUCCACCACCAGUUGCUGUAAAGAAAGAGCCCGGGACAUCGGAGAAAAGCAACGGGAAAGUUGGAGACGUCAACCCUGCUGAGAUCUGCGUUGUCAUUGGAGGAAAGAAUGGAGGAACCAGCGGAGGCGGACCCCGUAGAGCUCCGGCCGAGGGUAUGUUUGCCCUUGGUACUCCUCCUCCAACGAAGAGCACAGACUCAUGUAUAGGCUCAUAUGUAUGUGCGGUGUGUGGGAAGAAGUACAAGUAUUAUAACUGCUUUCAGACACACGUCAGAGCACACAGAGAAUCAGAGAGCAUGGUUGGAGAUGGUCUGCCUCAGACACCCAAUAGUAGCUUCCGUUACUCCUGUGACAUCUGUGGCAAGAAAUAUAAAUACUACAGUUGUUUCCAAGAGCAUCGUGACCUGCAUGCAGUUGAUGACCCUUAUGAACAGGUGGUGUUACCUGUUGAUGGCCUCAAAGAAGAAGAGCCAGUUGAACCAUAUCAGAAAAUUGGACCAAAAACAGGAAGCUAUGUUUGCGAGUUCUGUGGGAAACAGUACAAGUACUUCAACCCGUACCAGGAGCAUGUUGCUCUUCAUACACCACUGAGCUCAUUUGAUUUGAAGACCUCACGGGCACAAGAAUGUGGCAGUAUAGACAUGAGCAAAUUUGGCCACAGCCAAGCCGGUAAAAUAAAAAGUCCGAAUAAAGCAUUGAACAACAGCCCAUUUAAAAGGAAAUUGGAGAGUGCAAUUCAGUCUAGUCUGGUUGACACAAACAGUUCGCAGAACUCAAGCGCAGGAACUCCAAGCCCUCUGGUGGCCAGCUCCUUCUCUACAGUACAGAAGCCCUACACUUGUGGUGCCUGUGGCAUCCAGUUUCAGUUCUACAACAACCUGCUGGAGCACAUGCAGUCGCACGCUGGUGAGUCCACGAUGGCAGCUGAUAGUGAGAACCACACCAAAGGGGACUCUCCCAAAACCUCUUCAGCCUCGGGUCCUCAAGAGCCGCAGUGGAGAGGGUCCCAGACUCAGGCCCACCCCUCAGUUAAAAUACAAAUCCAGCCUCAAAGUAUCUCUCAGAGAAAUCAUACUCUCAGCCAGAAUAAUGGGCUACCUGAGAAGGAGCGACAGCAGGUGGCUGAGCGCCUAUUACGGGUAAUGUGCUCUGAUCUGAGCAUGCUAAAUGUGCUUAACAGCAAGGACUUCCUGAAGUUGGCUCAGACCCUUGUGGAUACGGGCGCUCGUCACGGCGCCUACUCCACCCGCGACGCUCUUGGCAACAUGAGUGCCUUGGCGCUGCGCCAGCUUCCCCGCAUGUACAACCAGGUGAAAGUAAAGGUCACGUGCGCUCUAGGCUCCAACGCUUCGCUCGGCAUCGCCGUGACCUGCCACUCCCAGACGUCUGGGCCCGAUGCCUGCUACGUUCUGACGGCCUAUCAGGUGGAGGGGUCCAAGCUCAAGCGCUACGUGCUCGGCGUGAGGGAGGCCGAGCUGAGGGAAGGGCCGGAGCAGGUUCACCACUGGGUGCAGAACGUGCUGUCUGAGUUCGUCAUGUCAGACAUUCGAACUGUUUACGUCUCAGAGCCGCGACUGUGGGCUGCAGGAUUCGCCGGGUCCCCGCUGGGAGGCGGCGGCCGGGGCCGGAUAUGUUUGAGGUGCGCCGGCUGCUCGCUGGGAGCCGUUGUUCAGGCGGUCCUCGGAAAGCGCAGCCUCCAAGCUCGGGGGCUUCACGAGUUAGCCGAGCUUCUCGCAACCUGCAGAGACAUCGCCUCCUCCACCACGCUGGCUCUCCGUGAAGAACAGUGCUUCAGCACGUCCACAAGCACAACUGAAGAAGGUGCGCAACUCCCGUCUGCACAAUGCCCCACGCCUCCUUGCUGGGAUCGUAUGGCCGAAGCUCUCCUUCAGGUUCACGCUCACUUUGAACACAUUUGCGAGGCUUACGGCCGCAGCAAGUCCACAGCCCCUCUUCUGCAAGGUCUCAACAAGCAUCUGUUAGGCACUCUAGCUUGUCUGCUGGCACCUCUGCGCCUGGCUGCUUUGGAGCUGAGCAGCCAGAGGAGACCGACCUUACAGCAGGUGCUGCCCGUCUACCUGCGUUUGGAGAAGUUUUUCACCUCUAAAGCAGGGGAGGCUGGAACUGGCACAGCUAGCAAACUCUGCCACUAUUUCCUCGAAGCACUUAAAGAAAACUUUAAGGUCGAAAGGGCGCACCAGGUCGCCAUGGUUCUGGACCCACAGCUCAAACUGCGUUCAGUGCCGGCCUACCAGCACGAAGACAUCAUCACCCGUGCGUGUGAGAUGGCUGCUGAAAGCAGGGACGGAGGUAUGAGCGGCGGCGGGAGUUCAGGUGGAGAGGAGCGCGAUGCAGACGGCCCUUCUGCCCCGAAAAUAAGCCGUAUUGAAGGAAGUGGAAACAACAGCGGCCCCUCGAGGGGUGCCUGCACCGUGUCUGGUAAAGAUGAGAGUCAGGGCCAAGUUCGACAAGAGAUCUUUCAGUACCUGGCUGAGCCUCUUGUCCAAGGUACUCCUGAUCUCCUGCAGUACUGGAGCUCUACGGUGGUUGAGAAGUUCCCCAGGCUCGCUCGCUUGGCUCUGUGGCUCCUUGCAGUUCCUGCUGUGGGCAUACGCAGCGAGUGUGUGACUGUGUGUGAGCAGAGCCUGGCUAUGAAGAGGAGGCAGCAAGUCACUGCUGAAGAAAUGAACAAACUCAUUUUCCUUCGCUCUAAUAUGGGUUAGAUGAAAAACCUGACAGACUCGAAUCAACCAAACCUUCACCCAACCAAUGACUCGAGACAUUUAUUUAUACUGUAGGUUUAGACGAGCUGUAAACUUCAAUGUCCAGGAACAUUUAGUAGUUUUCACAGCAGAUAUUUACAAAAAAAUCAAUAAAUAACCUCACUGCAAAGGUUGCAAACACAAUAUGGCAAAUUGCAUAUUUUGUUUGGACUGUACUGUUGUAAAAUACAAAGGACAAAAACCGGGAGAAACAGUAACUCUCAAAAAAACAAAGUCUUGUUUGUCAUGCUGUCCGUGUAGGCAGGAAGAGUUUCAUCUGGUCACAACCAGUGGUCUGAAUCACUCCAGUCUAAUGAUUAAACUGCUCCAAGGCUUCAAUGCUGUUAUCCUCACUGGUUGGCAACAUUUUCAGGUAAAGUCAGCUUUCACUGCUUAAAUCUACUGUCACACACCUCUGAAAACUAAACCUGUUUUAGAAUUGUUCAAGAAGGACCUAGAGGCAAACUACUGUAGCACUUGCAGUAAAUUAUUAUUUUUAUUGGUGUAUGACAAACAAAUUAAGAAGUGAAGCAUCACUGCCAAUUGCACCUCUGACAAUAAAGGGAACUAGGUUUAUAAUCACACAAAUCACUGAAAAGAAACUUUCGCUAUAUUCAGCAGUGGACAAUGGGCAGAUAUUUUAAUGGUUACAUUAGUGGCCAUAAAAAUGUAGCGUCUAAAGAUUUGCAUGCACUGCAUGCAAUUUUUCAAUUUAAAAUGCUUAAAGGUAACUCAUUUUACAUUUGAAAUAUUGUGAUGCUUUCCUUUUUUAUUAGCAAUUGUGAAGAAAAUUCAUCAAAUUUUCUUUGCUUGACAUUCAAGUCAAUCUAGACUUGAAGUGAGAUGAAAUCAAAUCAAUCAAAUUUAGCUUUUCUUUUGGUUUUAAUGCCGUUGAUACAUGUACAAAGAGGAAAGCAUCAAAUUGUUUGUGGCUAACAUUUUUUUACUGAAAUCCUUCAGUCUUUCAGAUUGCACCCCCGCAAAAAAAUACAUACUAUUAUCAAAAAAACAAUUUCUUAAGUCAGAGUAUUAAGAAAAUAGAACCUAGCAUGUAUGCUAGGUUAAAUAAUAGAAACAAGCUGAAGAUAAUUGUUCUACAGUCAUUGCUUUAUGAUAGUUUCUAGUGCUGCCAAUUCAAGCCCUAAAAAGAGACACCCAUUUUCAAAUGUUAGUAUUGUCAGUGCACCAGGCAUGGGCUGGUUACAAAGUUUUUAGUUUACCACAGUGUUAAACAGUCACAUGUCAAAACUACUCAAUGUAUCCAUCAUCGUUCCUACAAUUUAUAUGCCCUUAAAAAAAGAGAUAAUAGACAGGGUAUAUUUUACAAAGAGCUGUAAUAUUCUGCACAAAAGGUACAAUUACUUUUAGAAUCAUACAGAUUGAUUUGGUUCGAUAGGUUAUUUUAUUGUUUGUGUCUCUUGAAAAGCUGAAAAAGGAAAACAGCUUUUCCUUAUUAAUCAUGAAGACAAACACAGCAGCAAGAAUAGUAUUUGCAUUUCAGUUUUUAUUUAAAAGUGAAUAAAUUACAGUUUAAAAUUUUGGUUUUAAUAGCACACAGGCAGGUGCAUUUUAGCUUAAAACUCUCCAGCUCCAUUCAGUCUUUCCUUGCUUCCUUGACACUCUCACCCUUUCCUGUAUUUUGUCUGUAAUCGGAGCUCACCUGUAUUCAUUGUUUCCAUUUUAUGAUAUUUUCGUAUUAAAUUACCAUGGAAGAAAAAUGCUGGAAAUGCAAUAUAUAUAUAUAUAUAAACGUGACCUUAGAAAAUUUGUCACUACCAGUUGCAGGUGUAAAAGUAACAAGACAGCCACAUUGGUCUCAGUCAUUCUUGGAACUCACAUUUUAACUAGACUUCAAAAUCACUGCUCAUCACAAAUACAGUGAAACCAUGACAAUUCUAAAGGUUAUACCAUACUGGCCCAUGCCUGGAGUGCAUUGCAUAUUCAAAUUCUUUGCCCAUCCAUUUGUAUCACAUAAACAGCAGUACUGAAAUUUUUCACAUUUAGUAAGCCUGUUUUCAAGGAUUAAUUCAUAAUUUUUGAGUGUGUAUGUGGAUUUGUAUUUAUUUUUCAAGUUAUGUUAAAAACCUCUUCAUAGGAAAGGGUAUUAUAUUUAUUGUUGAUUUCUUGUUUAUCGUUCGAUUACAAACAUCGUCUUCCUUAUGUAAGCUAUAGAUUUCCAUUUUCAAGGCAAUAAGCUUUAUCACAGCAAACGGUUCCCGAUUUUUUUCUGACUGUUCUCAUGACACUCCUCGAGUUAAUUAUCAACUGCGAAUCGUUGAGCGCUUGUCAAGUCAAUAGGGUUUUCUCAGGAAUGAGCACAUCCGAGCAGGCACCGCCACUUUUUCUCACUGUAACAAAAAAGAAACCAAACUGUGACCUCGCUGCUGAGGCAAAUACCUACUGGUAACCAUGAUGUUUUGUGAAAACUUCCACCCCAAAAACAGUUGGUGCCAUUUGGGGGAAAAAAAGAAGAAACACUGAGAAAUAUUUGUUGUUUUCGACCAAUUGAUUCGCUAAAGUUACUCAUACUCAAAAAGUCAAGUAAUUUUUGUUCUAUAUACAAUAUAUGUUCAUAUUUUGGUCAACAUCUACCUGUACUAAUACCUCCUAACAUGGCUUAGAUGAAUGAAGGCUCUGCUGUUUAUUUGCUGCCUUGGGGAUUAACUAGUCGAGUGCUAGUUUGUUAUCUCAGUUUUUUGGGCCUUAAGUUUUCUUCCAUGUGCUCAUUUAAAACCCUUCAGUCAUCAUGCCUUUUUAUUGUCAGUAAAUGGCCUUUUGUAAGCAUUUUUAUUUUUAUUUUCUUGUUGUGAUUUUGUCUCCCACCCCCGCCUUUUUAUGUAGGCUUGCAGGGACUUGCUGAAAAUAGUGACCUCUAGUGGCCACAUGACUACUGUUUAAGUCUUGUACAACUGUGCUGCUUAAAGUGCAUGCAAGCGUUAUAGUUUAGUUUCUAAAACGGGUCAGUAAUAAUUUAAUAAGCCAAAACUAAGAAAUCCACUGUAAAAAAAGAAAGAAAAAAGACUCAAUAGAUUAAAACAUUGAUUUUGAUUUUGUGUUAACAGAAGGAUGUUAAGGCUAUUUUUACACAUUAUGAUUUUUUGCUUUUUCUCUAAGGCUGCCAUGCAGUUAUUUGAUUUAACACCAUAUGCGUCGUUUAUUUAUUCCCUUCCUUCAUCCAAAGGCAACCUGUCACUUUUACAAAAAAGUAUUAUUUUUAAUACCUAAAAGCCCCCUUACCUCAUAAUUAAGAGUUUAUAAAAGUUGUGUUUUCUAGAGUUUGUGUCUGGAUAACUCCGUGUCCCACUUAUUUUUUUUAAACACAAAAUGUCUCCAUAGUUCAUGUCACAGAGGUGCUUUGCAGCAUCAGAAUAAUGAAGUUCAAAACUGCCACCUGACCCCUCACAGUGAUCAGAAUUAGAGCUGAAACAUUUUGUUUGUUUUCAUGACUGAGAGCACAGCUGUUGAAUUCAAAGUGGUUCAAAGUGAAUGUAAACUACAAAAAAGGAGAGGGCAUUUGCAUGAACCAUAACAGCAUCAGUGUAAGGCCUAAAUAGAUCAGACUAUGGUUUCUGUGACAUAAAGGAUCUGUUUCAUUUCCAGAAGUGCUGAUGCGUUAGCUUUCUUUCAAACUAUUAUUGUCUGUAUUUUAAAGGUGGCAAUAAAGGUGUAAAACACAAAUUUACAUAAAUCAGAAGCUCUGCAUUGCAAGUUGUUUCUCAGCUAUGUAACAUUUUUUUUUAGUAAACUGUAGGCCUUCUUACCUCCAAGCUUAGUGUUUCAUAAAUGUUUUCUCUUCCUUAUGGCUUGUUAGAAUAUCUUCAUUUUUAUAUAUAUUUUGGUAAAAAAGAAAAUGAUUAUAAAGUAUAUUUAAAUUAAAAUUUCAACUACAAAUCCAAUGUUUUACCUCAGUACUCAGAUACUCAGAAGGAAGUAUUGUUGUUUAAUGAUUGGGAAUAAGUUUGUUGCAGGAAAUGUAGGUUUGGUCAAAGAAAUGUUCAAAAUACUGUACAUGGUUUGUGGUUUUAACAGGUAAUCUCAGUUAUUCUGAUGAAGGGACUUUUCUUACUGUUUUCUUUCAGUUAUUAAUAGGAUAUGCUCUGGGACAAAUGCCAUUGUUGACAAAAAAAAUGUCAACUUAAUUUUCUUAGAAAUAACUUUUUUUUGUUUAUUAAAUGAGAAGUAUAUCUAAAAUAUGCAUGCUUUUAACAAGAGUAAGGAUAUAUAAUGUUAUAAACCAGUGUUUCUCAUCAGAUGGUAAUUAAUCAUUUUGACUCUGAGGCGAUGCUAAGACCCUCAGAAAGAGUCAGAUGACUGAAUUUUUACCUUUCGAGGUGGAAGUAGCUGUUCUGAUAACUGGUUGGUGUUCAUGGCUGGACAUCAACCAUCUUUGGAGGAUGUAAAUAUGGGAGAACUGCUGUUUUUAUGCCACAAGGGGGCACCUUCAUUCAAGAGAUCAAAGUAGGGAGCACUAAUGACAUUAUACCUCUUUUUUCUACAGUAGCAUUUCAAAACGUUUUGAUAUAAUAGAAGAAAACUCAACUUAGAUACUAAUACUAGGAAACUGAAUUCAGCUGUAAAUUUUAUUUUCUUUUAGGGUUUUAACUUAUUCAGAUAAUAAAAAGUGUGGUUUAUGAAUGCUAACAUGGAGAUCUGUUCAUCUAAUCUAUUAAUUCAGGUUAAGAACUUGGUGUUGCUUUCAUCCUAUUUUACAGGCAUUUCUUCCUUUUUAUACUCUGCAAAACACAAAAAAGAAAGAAAAAGAAAUAAUGUUGCAUUCUGUUUAUUUAGUCUUUUUAAUCGCACUUUGGCAGCAGUUUCCUGUGUAGAUCCAGAUCUCAGUUGUCUUAUUAGUAAACCUAAUUUAUACUUUUGUAGCAACACUAUUUUUAUAUAAUGGAAAAGAAAAGGUUCCGUUUUUUGUUUCCUUUUUGUUUUUGUUGUUGUUUUGUUUUUUCCUGUGACAUAUAUGACAGCGCUGUUCAAUGUUUCUUGAAUACAUUAUCCACUGUAGUAUGUUAUGUGUGAAUAAACUUUAAAUCUGUGUCA